AUGAGCUACGAGAAGAAGGCCGUUCACUUCGGCGGUGGAAACAUCGGCCGUGGCUUCGUCGCCGAGUUCCUGCACAACUCUGGCUACGAGGUCAUCUUCGUCGAUGUCAUGGACAGCAUCAUCGAGCAUCUCCAGAAGACACCUUCCUACACCGUCACCGAGAUCGGUGACGAUGGUGAGCGCACCUUCACCAUCGACCACUACCGCGCCAUCAACUCCAAGCACGAGAUGGACAAGGUCGUGCACGAGAUUGCCACUGCCGACGUUGUCACCUGUGCUGUUGGCCCCAACAUCCUAAAGUUCGUCGCCGAGCCAGUUGCCAAGGCUAUCGAGGCUCGCACGCUCGACUACCCCAUUGCCGUCAUUGCCUGCGAGAACGCCAUCAACGCCACAACCACAUGGAAGGGCUUCAUCGAGAGCAAGCUCAGCGACGAGACCCUGAAGAACAUCGACAAGAAGGCCCGCUACGCCAACUCGGCUAUUGACCGCAUUGUGCCACAGCAAGACAAGGACGCUGGUCUCAACGUCAAGAUCGAGAAGUUCUUCGAGUGGUGCGUCGAGCAGAAACCCUUCGAGAACGGCGGCAAGAAGCCUGCUAUCGAGGGUGUCCAUUAUGUCGACGACCUCGAGCCUUACAUCGAGCGCAAGCUUUUCACCGUCAACACGUCUCACGCUACUGCUGCCUACUACGGACACAACCGUAAGAUUCCUUACAUCCACGAAGUCCUCCACAACAAGGAGCUUCACGACGUCGUCCGCGCCGCCGUCAAGGAGACUGCACACUUGAUCGUCAACAAGCACGGCAUCUCGACAGAAGAGCAGGAUGAGUACGUCGAGAAGAUCGUCAAGCGUAUCUCGAACCCUACCCUCAAGGACAACGUCGAGCGUGUCGGUCGGGCUCCUCUCCGCAAGCUCUCCCGCAAGGAGCGCUUCGUUGGUCCUGCUGCCCAGCUGGCUGAGAAGGGCGAGAAGGUCGAUGCCCUUCUCGGUGCCAUCGAGAUGGCAUACCGCUUCCAGAACGUCGAGGGCGACGAAGAGUCUGUCGAGCUCGCCAAGAUUCUCAAGAGCCAUGCUGCCGAGGAUGUUGUCAACCAGGUCAACGGUCUCGAUAGGACACACCCUCUCUUCGCCAUGAUUGUCCCAAUCGUCGAAAAGGUUCAGCAGAGCACCAGGGACAGCUCUUCUUUGUAG